GCGCCCUCCUUCCUUCCUCGCCCGGACGGACGCACUUCCGGCGGAUGUGGGGGGGGGGCAACCCCGGAAACGGAAGUGAGCAGUGGGGCCGGCUGACGGUAACGGGGCUGAGAGGCUGUUCACUGAGCAAGUUGAAGAUGAAUGCCAGAGGACUUGGAUCUCAGCUAAAGGACAGUAUUCCAGUUACUGAACUUUCAGCAAGUGGACCUUUUGAAAGUCAUGAUCUUCUUCGAAAAGGCCUGCCUUGUGUGAAAAAUGAACUUUUGCCUAGUCAUCCUCUUGAAUUAUCAGAAAAAAAUUUCCAGCUCAACCAAGAUAAAAUGAAUUUUUCCACACUGAGAAACAUCCAGGGUCUGUUCGCUCCACUCAAAUUACAAAUGGAAUUCAAGGCAGUGCAGCAGGUUCAGCGUCUUCCAUUCCUUCCAAGCUCAAACCUUUCACUGGAUAUUUUGAGGGGUAAUGAUGAGACUAUUGGAUUUGAAGAUAUUCUUAAUGACCCGUCACAAAGUGAACUAAUGGGAGAGCCACACUUGAUGGUGGAAUAUAAACUGGGUUUACUGUAAUCUCUUGUGCUGUGCAUGAAAAUAGAGGGGCUGCAUCUUGUUUAUAGUCCUCUUUUUACUAUAAUUUGAUGUACACGACAUUAAAAGUACUGACAUCUGAGAAUUCUUGCCUAAAUAGUAUCUGUGAUCAUUUGAAAUUAUUUGGGUCUUUGGUUUAUUGCCAUGUGACAAUUGAAAGCACUAAAGGGAGAUGAUUUUAAAACUCCCAAUUUAUAUGAAAACAGUAGCCUUCUGUGUCUUUAAAAAAAUGUUGCUAAUGAGUAUUUUAAAACUGUCUACAGGUCUACAGUGCAACCUAUUGUUUGGGUGUUCCAUAAAUUUGGUUCUGAAACCAUUAUCAGCAUUUGAGUCUGCAGCCUUCAUAGUAAUGUCUUUCAGAAUAAACAUCUGUAAUUGAUUUUAGUGGCAACACUUCAAAUUAAGUACAAAGCAAGGUAUUUAUAUUUUACCUUGUUUCAGUAUAGCUCAUUAAUAUUCAGAAGAGUAAUAUUGGCUGUAUUGAUGCUAUUUUAGAAUUAUAGCUAUUCUUUGAGGUUGAAAAGUACAGGUUCAAAGGUUUUGAUUUUGGUCUUGUGUUUAACGUGAAAAAUUAAAUAAAGCAACCAGGAUAUGCUGAUUAAACUGUUGUACCACAUAGACUUAUAUAUCACAAGAUGCUUAAAUUGAAAAAUAAUCAGAAUAUUCAUGUACACACAUACUAUGUAUCCAUGAACAAAUCCCAUAAUAAUUUAUUUAAAAAUAAACCUUCGCUAUGGUUGUUCUUUCUUAUGAGAUAUUCUUUAUGAACUUGGUAUACAAAAAUUAAAGAAUUUUAGAUUUAA